GCUUUAUCUCCUCCGUUUUGCUUUAUCUCUUUAUCUCUUUCCCGCCCAUCGACCUGAUCUAGUCUUAUCUGGCCAAUCUGGAUUCUUCUCUAUCUUCCUUUUCAAUCCCACCUUCAAUCUUACAAUGAUCAAAUUCAAUAUCAUCGACAAACUCGUCUUCUUAACUUUGGCCUUAACCAUAAUGUUCUACGACUAUGGUAUUGUUGAUACAAUCAUUUAUUUCUCAGCUUCCCUCCCCUUUUUAAGUUUGUUGCACCUUUAAAACAAAAAAGAACUGCUAUUUAAAAUUCAUCUCUUUCUUGUACUAACCACCCAUCUUUGCCUUUUUCCUUUUUUUCUUGCAGUGUUUCAAUUGCCUGGUGAUGUCUUUCUUAACUACUUUUUAAAAGGUACUAUGGUUAAUUUUUUCUAUAAAUCAAGAAAAUUAAACGUUAAAAAUUCUUCAUAUCUUAAAAAUACCAACUUAUUUGAAUUUAUUGUCAUCAAAAUCUUAAAACACCAAUUGAAAAAUUUUAAACCCAAUGGAAUCGGUGGAGUAAUCCUCAAUGAUUUUAAAUUAUUUAAAUUUUUUCACAAAUACAGGAACUAUGGCACAUCUCUACAUCUAAAUCUAUUAGGAAUAAUUAAAAUCGAUAAAAUCAAAAACAUCAAUGGUUUAAAAGGUUUCAAUGGAUUUUGGAUUCAUAAUCCCGAUAAAACUUAUGCUCACGAUUUAAUCCUCUUCUAUAUUCAUGGCGGAGGCUUUAAUAGCAAUCCAUCUUAUUUAUAUAUUGAGUUCUUAAAUUCUUUACUAGAAUCUUUAUUUUUGAAGGGCUUCAAAAAUCCUGCGGUUUUCAUACCAAGUUUUGUUAAAAGAAAAAAUUCAAUUAUUAUCGAUCAACAAUAUCCACAACAGCUAAAUAGGUUGAGCAAAAUUUGGAAUUACAUCAAUGAAAUCAAUCCAAAUUCGAAUAUAGUUUUAAUGGGCGAUUCAACCGGUGGAACUCUAGCUCUAUCAUUAUUACUACAUAUAACUAAACCAAAUAAAUUAAUUGAAAACUCAACCCAAUUGAAAAAACCAUUGGCAAUGUUAUUGAUCUCUCCUGUGACUAAUAUAUUUUAUCACAACUCAAAAUUACAAUACGAAUACAAUCUUGAACAUGAUUUAUCAAACGAUGAAUUCAGUUCGGAAGAUGACAACAACAAUAUAUUGAGUGAAGUCCUAGACAACUGCCCCGAUUUUAUAACAGAGAAGACUAUCGCAAACUGGUCAGAGUCCUAUCUCAGCGACUAUUCCAAUAAAUUAGAUCCAUAUCUAAAUCCAGGAAUGUGUGAAUCAAUCGACGUCUGGAGUAAGGCAAUCCCAUCCAUUGGAAUCUCCAUCAUAUAUGGCGAGGAAGAAUAUCUCAGUAAUGAUAUAGCCCAGUUUACCAAAAUACUAAAAUCGGCUGGUAAAGUGAAAGUCGACGCCAUCAGCAGAGAGAUUCACAAUUGGCCCAUUCUUAAUUACUAUGUGAGUAAAGAUAACAAGAAAAAAUCGAAGGGAAUCGAAUUGAUCUCUGAGAGACUAACCAACAUGAUUCUAUGGCAAACUCCUUCACAUUUCGAGGACUACUGAUUUUUGCCAUGUCUGCCAACCAACAUUGCCCAUAUUGCCCCAAGGAUGCCUGACAACAAGAAUUCUUACAAGUGCUGCUGUUGUUGCUGUUGCUGUUUAGGCAAUUGCAGCAACAGAAGCACUUGCAAGACCUGGAUAUACUACGAUAUCCAUCGAUACACAC